UAUGAAAUGAGCGUUGAACUGCGCUGCCGUCUCGGCUACUGUCUGCCAGUUCUGCCAGCCUCACGGCUAACAGCUAGGAGCUAGCCUUCACCCGAACUGCUUUAAUUCCUGUUUUUUUUUAUUUUUUUAUAUCUCCUGUCCUUGUUAUUUUGUAAAUAUACUGUCGUCUGGACCGCUCAGUUUCAAUAUACUUGAAUAAAAUGGUCGUUUUGACAAAUGAUGACGAACAGGAUUACAUCCUGAUAGAGGAGCGUAAAUGCGUCUCACUGCCCUGCUCGCCUGCUAAGCGGGUCUCUCCUGCCAAAAAGAAGCAGUUUUACAUCAAUCAAGCCAUCCGCAACUCUGACCUCACGCCACGCGCCAAGGGCAAGAAGAGCCUCCGCCGACAGGAGAACACACGAUUUCUUGCCAAUCUCCUGGAGAAGGACGAAUGCUCCAAAGAUGAUCUGGAGGUUUGCAGCAACCCAGCCAUCCCGUCCAUCUUUACAGAAGCCUGCACCAAUGGAAACUAUAUUGAGCCAUGGAACGACUUCAUGAAUUGCUCUGGUGAGGAGCAGGAGCGGCUGCUGUCUCUGCUGGAACAGGAGGGGGCCCGGAGGAAAAAUGCCAAUCAGCUUCUUAAAGACCACAGCAAUGUAUGUACUGCCUUUUCUGCUCAGGAGUGCUUCCACAGAAUCGAUCGCAGGCUUCGAGCGACUCUGAGACGGAAGCAAAUACCCAUGGGAACGCUGGAAGUCAUUGAGGAAAACCUUCUCAGCUUCUUCAGCGCUGACCCUCACUCAGUUUACACAACCAUCCUCAGCAGCAGUUUUGAGAGGCUGCUUCUUCACGCCAUCUGCCAGUAUAUGGACCUUGUCUCGGCAAGCAUCGACAGCGACGGCUCGCGUCAGACCGAAGUGGUGAACAAACAAGAGGAGUUUCUCCCUCCUGGACUCCUCCUGUCGGCCUACCUGGAGCAGAUGAGCUGAGACUGGAACGUCGCCUUCUUUCGCCCCUGCAAACACAAGCUCUGUCAAAUGUAAAUAGAAAGUGCAAUGAAUUUUCCAUUAAUUCUGUCCAAAAAAAAACGUUUGCUGUAGCGUCACUGUAGCCGUGAUGUGACGCAGGCGAGCUGCGGCUUUAAACAGACGUCCAGCUACACCCUCACGUUACAUUUCUUUCCAGAUUUCGUAAAUAUCGUAAAGCAGCAGGAACGUGAAGCACCUGUUUCUAGCUGAGGUGGAGAAAAACAUUUUAUGUUUUAUGUCAGAGGUCCUGAGAAACGGUGUUCAGACUAACCGACUAUGACUUUACAACGCCUUUUGCAACGCUUACUGAUGACAAAACAGUUAAAAACGCUGUUUUAAUUCAAUGCCGCAUCUUCAGGAUAUUUAUGAUGUAGAAUUUAGCUGAACACAGACGCUGGAAGCAGAUUGAUGUCUGCCGUGCUUCACGCUGUAAACAGUGAGCUCAUGUUCUCUGAAUGCUGCUUUAUACUUCACAUGCAUGUUAAGGGAUAAACCUUUUAUUCUUUUCUCUUAGAUAAGAAUAAAUAUGGACCCAAUACUCCUUUUACUCUAAGCUACAAAGCCUAGUUACUAAAUGUUACUAAAACCUGACAGUAACAGAAGUUAAAUGAGAAGACAAAGAAAUAUGGAAAUAGCUUUUUCCACUUUCAAGUUGACAUUAAUCCCGUACGUCUGUAUGAGAAAAGUUAGCAGGAAAUGAACAGAAAUUGGCUGUAAAUUACCUGGUUGCAUGAAUCUGUGCACAUCCUCAAGCUCAUACUGGAUUAAACCAAAAAACUAUUGACUUAGUUUUACUAUUUGUUCUUUUUCAGUACGAGUUUAUCAGCGUAGCAAGUCUUCACUUGGUAAUAUUUCUCCUCUCUGUCUUGCAAACGUUCCAAAAAUCUGUGAUGGUGAAGACGUUUCUGUCCACCGGCUUCUUCGGGGGAAUAAACGUUCAGAUUACCUUCCAGAUCUAUAAAAUCCAGUUUAUCUCUGAAGAAAAAGUAACCCCUGAUCAUGAGCUCCACCUUGGCAGCCUCCCGGACCAUUUUCCACCGCGUCGUUUCAUCGAUAACGGAAAAAUGUCUUUUGGUAACGUUGCUGUUAUUCAAUAUUUUCUCCACUCACUGAUGGCAGUUUAUAUUUAUAUAAUGCCGUGGGAACCCUCCCCACUUAAUACCUUUUGUGUGCUGGUUUGCUCAGGAAACUAGCUAAAGAGUGCAGAGGAGUUUGAGGAGCUGAGCUUUAUUCAGGUUCAUUAGAUUCACUAUAAUUGAUGCUAUUUGUGCAGUAAAGAAGAUAAAACAAAGUUGGCUCCAAAGGUGCAUUAAAAAAGACAGAUUUGUCUUAAGGGAUGUGCACAAUUAUGAAACCAGGUUAUUGCAGCUUAUUUUUCCAUUUAUAGUUGGAUUGCACAGGAUGCAUUUCAAAGGUGAGAAAAGAUUUAAAAUGAAUCUUUAUCCCAGUUAAUACAUCACAAAAAGCUGAUACAUUAUCAUGGCUUUGCGCACCAUUUAAAAUCCACUGAAUAAUGUUUGCCCUGCAGACGUAGUACCGGUUUAAUGAACCCGACCCAAUGCGCUGAAAGUCAGAAUCUACAAAAUGUAGACCUGCUUCUUAAACGUCACUAGAAACAUUUGGUUUAAAAAACUAUAUAUUUUGUAGUUGGUAUACUCACCCAGUGAGUAAAUUUUCUCUCAUUUUGGUUCUGUCUUACAAGGUUUAAUGCAGCCUUUAAAAUAGAAACCGGUAUGACAUCAUGAAAUGAAUAUUUAAAGGACUGAAUUUGUAAAGGAUAGCCUACUGAUGUUCACCAAUAGGUGGAUUUGUUAUUUAAUUGGGAGAGAAAAAAAAAAAACCCUGAAGAAAUAAUGGAAAAUUUAUUCUCUGAGGUCUGCAGCUCUGUGUGGACUUUUAGGAUUUUGUUGCUCUUUUACACGAUCGCAUGAACGGUGCUAACGGUGCUCGCUUAUCAAUGUUCAUCUGCCUGAAACCGUCCGGAUAAGGAACUUUAUUUAAUGUGAAAAGCUGGAAUUGACGCCGCCAUAUUUACACACAUUUCUGGACGUCCCCCCGUCCCCCCCACCAUGAAUGAAAAGCAACCUUUUUGUUUACACACAUAAAGAAGCUUUAACAGCUUCUUACAUCGACUGAUGGUAUCGUUUAAUGAUAUAAUUCACAGUUUGUUACAGUGGUGGCAUCACUUUUCACUUUUCUGAUCCACAGUUAAGGGUUUGUAAUUAUUUAACCAGAAGAAAAGCACUUCUGCCUCGUGAACACAGUUCCCGUCAUUUGUCUUGUAAAUAAAUUUCUACAUUUUUACUUGACCGGAUUUUGGUAACCGUGCGUCCGGAUUCUUCCAGAAGGACUCCGGUUUCACGCUUUCUUUUGUAAACUGUUGACGGCAGCGUGACGGAGCUUGACCCGUUGGUGCUUUUCGUCAACGACCAAAGCUUGUGUGUGUCUAUUGCGUGGACAUGUCCAACUUCUCAGGCUUUGAACUCGUCUCUCUGAAUGUCUCGUUAGGAUUUUCACACGUUGUCUUUUUCUGUCCACUCUGUGCUCUCUGCAGAGGAACCUGCGCGGUUCACGUUCCCUGCAGCUCUUUGGAGGGCUGACGGCUUUUUAAUUGCUUGUAAUCACGCCGCAAAUAUUUAACUGACCUGUGCCAAAAUUUGGCUUUCAAAAGCGUAAGAGUCUGAGAGCUUUAUACGUGAUACUUUGUGUGUAUCUGAUGUGCAUAUUUAUAAUGAUCUCUGCCACAAUUAAAGGGGAUUCAAGGUGUGUGUUUGUGCA